CUAAACUUAAGGAAAAGCUUGGUUAUGAAAUUAGUUUUAAUAAUUAAAAAAGUAGAGUCAAAUGGUUUAAAAAACAAUACUCCCAUUACUCUCAACUUAUGCGGCACAACUCUGGAUUCGGAUGGGAUUCGGCCACAAAGAAAUUCACCGCUUCCGAAGAAGUAUGGGCUGACUACCUGAAGUCACAUAAAGAACAUGCACACCUUCGGUCAGAAACUUGUCCGGACUAUGAGGAUCUGAGAAUCGCAGUGGGGAAUGGAACUGCAACUGGGAUGGCUGCAAUUGGUCUUCGUGAAAAUACAGAUGCUAUAGUGUUAGGAGUAGAUGAUGAAUCAGGUAGAAUUGGUGGCAUUGAUGGAUUAUUUUUUGAUCCAAAUACUAACACAUUCACGUCGAGUGAAAAUGCAUCAUCCCACCACGAGGACUCAUCAUAUCUUCCACAAGAUGGUGGUAGAAAUAUAGAGGAUCGACCUUCAUCAAGCAAUAGAGCUAAAGGAAAAAGGGGUAGAAAUGAUUUUGAGAACAAUGGAAGAACAAAGGAACCUAAUAGUCACGGAGAGGUUAUUGGGAUCUUGUCAGUGGGGUUUAACAAAAUUGUUAAGAGUUUUGAUAAAAUUUGUUAUUUAAUGGAGAAGAGAGAAGCAAGGGACAAUGAUCUUGAUUUGCAGAAUACGAAAGCAAAGCAAGAUUUCUUUUUAAGGAUGACUCCCGAACAACGCUAUCACUGGAUCAUCAAUCUUUAAACAACUUCAUUAGAUUUGUCCUCUAGAGUUAUCUAAUAAUAAAUAGGUCAUGGUUGUGGAUUUACUUUAUCUAUUGUUGGAGUGAUUUAAUUUAUUUGGAUUGCAAAGUGAUAUGGAUUAUUUGAACUAUUUUAUGUAUUAUC